AUGGGGAUGGAAAAUAACCACAUGAAGGAUGAAACAAGCAUGCAGGUGGUAUUCCGUAGGCAGGUCAGUCUUCUUGAGUCUGUUCGUCAGAUGAUGAGGAUCUACCUUGAAAAUCACGCGCUUGCAAUUGCCAUGGAAGUGGCCAAGUUAGCAGAUACAAUUGAAAUAAAUCGGAGAAAGACUUCUGUUGGUGGUCCAAGGACGGAAGCUGAGAAAUGUCCCGAUCCUACUGUGACUACGGAAAGCUCUUCCCAUUCUCCUGCUAUGACCGUAAUUCAGGUAAUUACCAAAAGAAAAUCUGGUAAGAAUGCCGACUUUGGGUUGAACACGUUGUUUUACUAUGGCCAGGGCCUCGCAAAUCAAGGGAAAGCUUCCUGGUCAAGCCGCCUUAGUUCUGGGUGGCAGGAUUGCCAGAUGCUUCCUACUCCAUUCAAGACGAACCGACCUUCAGGUAAAGAGGCUGAAAUGGAAUCAAAAUGUAGAAAAAUCGACGAGAAAAAGCUAAAAGCGGAUGAUAAAAAAGAAAUGUCCGAUGACUCGAUGACCCAAUCAAAAAAUACAAAAAAGCGCAAAAAUAAAAAGAUAAAAUGGAGGAAGCUCGACAUUACGGAGAUGGAAGACGGGUUUAGAUGUGCUGUAGAACAGGAAUUAGAAUCGUGUCAUCUACAGUCAACAAACAGUGACUUAAAAGGUCGCAGCGGCUGUCGAGGAGGUAGUAACCAUAUCAGUGAAAGCAUCUCUGUGGAUUAUAAGGUUGCAGAUUAUGACCUGCAUGAUCAGUGCAUGAAGUUUUAUGCUCCAUCUGCAGGAUUCUUUCACGAGCCGGAUGACCUGAGUAAAGACGUCCUUGAAGAUCAGAUUAAGAAACAAGUGGAAUACUAUUUUAGCGAGGAGAACUUGACAGACGAUAUCUUCAUGAGGAGGAAUAUGUCCAAAGAUGGUUAUAUACCUGCGUCCCUCAUUGCCUCAUUUAAUCGGAUGCAACAGCUAACUCAAAAUGUGAAGUUCAUUGUUGAUGCUUGCAAGACUUCAAAGGAACUUGAAGUUAAAAAUGAUAUCUGGGUGAGUGAUCGAUCUGCUUUAAUCUCAACACAUUUUUCACAUGUUCAUAAAUUCAUUUAGUAACUGGGUUUCUUAUGCUUGACAUUUUUAUCAAAUUUUCUACAAUGGCUCUCAUCUUUCGUCCACAGCUACG